AUGCAUUUAUUUAGCACUGUCUGGGCCAUAACUUCCACCACUUUUAAAACUUUAUCUAUCUAUCUAUCUAUCUAUCUAUCUAUCUAUCUAUCUAUUGUCGAAAAUUCCUUUUCGACUCGAAAGGUAGCUAGAAGCCGGUCCGAUACAUAUCUAUCUAUCUAUCUAUCUAUCUAUCUAUCUAUCUAUCUAUCUAUCUAUCACUUCAAACCUUUAUUCUACUUUAUGUCCAUCGACCCCUUUUCUUCUUUUUCUUCCUCUUCUUUUUCUCCAUUUUCUUCUUUUCUCUCCCUUAUGUCGCCUUCUCUUUUUCCUUUUUCUCUUUCUUUUUCUCCUUUAUCAUACUCCGCUUUUUUUCUCCGCCACUUCCUACAGUGUCCUCUCUUUUGUCUUUCCGUCUUUUCUUCUCCUCUUUACUCUUUUCCUUUUUUCGUUACCUCUUCAUUCUCACUUUCUUCUUCUAAUUCCUUUCCCUCUACUUCUACUCUUCCCCCUCCUCCUCCUCAUCCUCCUCCUCUAUUUCCCGUGUAUUUUCUUUCUUUUUUAUUCUCACUGCCAUUUUUUACUUUCCUUUUUCAUUUCAGCUUCAUUCUACAUUAUACUCAGCUCUUCUUUUUCUUCCUUUUCUUUUUUCUUAGGUUCCUUCUUUUUUUUCCUUCUUUUUUUCUUUCUCUUCUUUACGUCACCCUUUUAUUCUCCUUCACAAAUAAUCCCUUCAAGACGAGCUACGAGUAG